ACUCGUAAAAAAAAAGAUACAUUGGUUCGUUCUCAAUUUCAAAAAACGAGCCUCCAUUUGCACGUAACGAAAGGAAGUAUUACAAAUUCAGUUUGAGAGCUGCAUUGUGGUUCAGCGUUCAAAUUAGGUAAAAUUGCAGGGUUUCGUGCGAUCGCUUCAGGAAACGUUCUUUUCUCUUCUUUUUUUUCUUUUCUUUUCUUUUUUCUUUUAUCGCGUAAUGUCAGUGUCAACGUUUCGGCGAGUGUUGAGUCUUAAACGGGGCCGUUCGAGGGCCGCGCGAGAGGAAUAUCAAUCAAAUUCUAGAAGCGCAUCGACCCAGUUGACUUCGCUGUUUUCACUUUCGAACGUCCCGUAAUCGUUCGCCAUUCAAAAAAUUUGUACAAGUAUUUAUCAAUCGUCCAGAGUCAUUCCUAAUGGCUUCGUGUUUUUCUUUCGACUCUCUCUCUCUCUCUCUAUAUAUAUAUAUAUUCGUAAUUCACUGUAUUUAUUUGAUUUAUAUUAUUUGCUUAACAAUAUGCACACGUAGCCUGAGAAGUAUACAAAAUGCUGUUUAUCAAUCGUCCAGAGGCAUUCAUAUUUAUAUUCAUAUUUAUUUUCGAUUAUUCUAGCCCUUUGUUUAUUUUAUUUCUCAAUAAUGUACGAGCAGAGUCUCUUUGACACUUAUGCCAAGUGUUGUCACUCCUAGAUGCGCAACAAUUUUGCCACAGGUGCGAGUUUUAUUUAAAUAUAUUACUACUUUCCAGGGAACCUUCACCCAAUUCUAUUUAAAGAGUGUGGAAAGACGUUAAUAGCCUCGAGCAACCGCCCCUAGAUGGCGAUUUACUUCGGACCCCAUCUCGCAGACAAUAAUCACCAAGCACUUCUAUAUAUGAGCUGCUGAGAAUCGUGUCGAAUUAAGUAAAACAAAAAUUAAAAAAUUUCAGGUCCAUGGAUUUAUUUAAAUUGUAUCUCACGUCUCGUAUGAUAAUUGCUAAACGCUUCUUAUGAUCAAUUAACUGUCGAGAAUCAUAUCAAAUUAAAUUAAAAUAAAAUUUUAAAAAAUGGUUAUAUGUGCUACUUGUUGAUUAUUAACGUUACCAAGAGAAAGUUGCUAACCAAUUCGAUUUCUCUGAGGUUGACAAGAGACAAAGACCUCUCGAUUAGGUGCCACUAAUGACUUUGAUCCAGAAUUACGAAAUAGUCACGCGGAGAGGCAGAGAGUAUGGUAGCCAUCAGGUCCCACGAAGCAGGUUUUAUCGAAUAUUAAGCAUGUGGAGGAACCAUGUAGAUCGACCUAAUUUUCUUCUGGUAUACAAGUCUUUGUUCGGAUGGGAGGGGUACCGGAACGAUGAUUUUUUGAGGAGGGGUCCCCAAUGGUAGCACAUGGCCAUAUAAGCAACGCCUGCUGCCUCUGCCAGGACACAGUCUUCCACCCUAUCGUUCAUUCGACUUCUCAGCAAUCAAGGAUGCAACCGAGGCUAGUAUUGUUGACGUUAGCGGCGGCGUUGGUGCAGGGUAGCACCGGUAGCCAAGUGUCGGUCCAGAUGCCCUACCUGAGCCCAGCUGGAGUGACUUACAUCAACAACGUGGAUCCACAUGGACUCACAUACUCGUUCCCAGCCAAUUUGGAGGCUCAGCACAUCGGAUACGCUCACGCCCAGGUGCCGGCAGUCGCUGCUGUGCCUUUCGUCAAGCACGUGCCCACCGUCUCCCAUGUACCGGUGGCGAAAAUCGAGGCGCAGCCUGUGGUCCUCGAGAAGCAGCUCGACGUGGUGAAACCUGCCGUGUCCACUCGUAAAUUCGAGGUACGUCGUCCAGCUAUCCAGAAGCAGUUCUACGAUAUAGAGGAACGCGUGGUGGUUCGUCCAGCUGGAUCAGCAGUGGUCGAACUGGAGCAACCAACUUCGAAGAUCCAAAGGGGACCAGCGUUGAUCCAGCCUCUGUACCCGUAUCAGAUACAAGCUGGAGGACAGUACAACUUCGGCCACUCGACCAUCUCCCCACCACUGGCUCCCUCCAGCCCAGCUCCCAAUGGCGAAGAUAGCGUUGUCGUGGACAACCCCGACUUCCGUAGACUCCAGGACCAGGUUCACAUAUCCAGCCCUCAGGUGAGGACCAGUUCCAACGGAUCACCCAACAACGAACCAUUCGUUGCCCACGACCCCUCGCCAAGCGUAAUCGUCAGCCCAAAGUCCACCCCCGAGGAGGACAAGAACAACCAGGACAGGCUCCUCGAGCUUCUCACCGCUCGUGGCAACGUUGCCGAGGUGGGAUACGCAAACAACGCUCUCUCGAGAGCCUCGCUGGACGAUAAUGGCCGCGUGAAGGGACGAGUCCUUUCCGCGACACCAGCACCGGACAACGCGGAGCCUGCCAACGAGCGCGUCUCUACUCGUCGCGUCGUCCUCUCCAGGCCGAUUGAGACCUUCCAGGAAGUGAACGUCGUCGAGCCAGCGACGAAGAUCGAGAGAGUCUCCGUCCAGCAACCCACGUUGAUAAAGACCGCUCGUCUGGACCACGUUCAGGUUCACGGUUCUUAUCCCGUCGUUGGAAAGGCGCUCACGCCCACGCUUGCUCACGCCUCGAUUCCCCUUUACCAGAAGACAAUCUCCCCUGCCUACAGCUACUACCAUUAAGCCUAUUUAUCUCCUGCGAUUAUCAUCCGGCUACCGUUAAAAAUAUCGAUUCUUGCGAUUAUUCUCUGCGCCUCUGGUACGACAGAAUAUUUAUGAUAGAUACCGAUGGUUCACGUGUUCCAUGAAUCGAGAUCCGUUUUAUUAGGUUGUCCUAAAAGUUUCUUUCGUGAGUUGCAUUCGAUUAUUUUCUGUGGCAGUGUUUAUAUAAAUAGACGAUCUAAUUUCUUAGACGUUGAUGCUGUGACAGUAGUGGAAUUGUACGCAAUUUUUUAAUGUAACAUGAAAAAUAAAAUAUUGUGUAUGUAUUGAUUACUAAUACAAGGAUAGAUACUUUUGGGACAACCUAAUAAUAAGUAGACCGAUCUUUAUGCGUUCAUAGGAAAUUUAAAUGUGUAUACAUUCCACGUAUAUAUUACACGCGUGCGCCAUUUUUUAUUUGACAUUUGAAUUUAACGUUCGAACCAGGGAGAAAAUUUGAAUCUUGUUUUCUACGAUUUUUGUAAUUUUAUACCGGUUGAAUAUACCUUUUCUACGAAUCUAAAUUCAUGGUAAUAAGUAACAACAAGUGUAACAAUUCCGUAUUCUAAUUUUUAGGUACUACACGCGUGCGCCAUUUUUUAUUUAACGUUCGCGCGUCCAGGGAGAAAAGUCGAAUUUAUUUUCUACGAUUUUUGUAAUUUUAUACUGGGCAACGACCCCUUCGGAGUACCCCUGGCAUGCUAGAAUUGUAAUUCGUGUAAUUCACCGAGUGGACAUUUUUAAUCAAUCUUAUUUUCGAAUUUUGUUUCCCUGUAUACGCCGUUUUAUACACUCCCCUCUAUCGCAUACUUGAAUUUUGUACUAUGGAGAAUAUUUAUAUAU